AUGCAGAAGCUUCUUAAGAGGAAUUAUAAGGCGGUGUACGCCAGUGAGGACAUCCUAUCGCUGUACCACUCCUCCCUGCUGUACGGCGAGGUGCCUUUCACCAGUCGCCUGCGAGCCGUGCUCACCUCAGGGCCCGUCAGCCUCACCGUCACUGCUACCGAGUUCAUUGCUUCGUGCGUGGGUGCAGUGUACUAUAUCAUAGGGACCAGGGAGACGGUGGCGCAGGUGGUGGCAUGGAACGCAGGGCAUCUGUCCGUCUCUGCCUUCUUCAUCCUGCUCUUCCUCCUCCGCCUCUACAGUGCGCCGGUACGGUGGCUGUAUGUGUGCUCGUACCUGGGCGUUCUGGACAUUCUAUCUGGCAUUCCUGUCCUCGGCCCCCUCCUCAGCGGCAGCAGGAGUGCAGGUGCCGUGUUCCAAGUCGUCUACUUCUUGCAAAUCCUCAAGCCCUUCACCCGUCUGCAGCAGCUGGGCUUGGAAAUAUCAUCUAUCACACAAGAGGUCAUCAAUCUCAUCGUCUACCUCACCUCGCUAAUAUUCGCAGCAGCAGGCAUCUUCCUGUGGGUGACGUACCUGAACCCUGAGGUGCAGGAGACAGGCAGCUGUGAGCCGGUCAACUGCCUCGACUAUGCCAUGUCACUCUACUUCGUUGUGGUCACGCUGAAUGGCUCACUGUGGCUCACGAACCCAAUCCCCUGCCCCCCUCCCACCACUCCUCCUCACCAGAUAUCCACGGUGGGCUACGGUGACAUCCUGGCGACCAACACAGCAGGGCGGGUGGUGGUGAUAUGCAUCACACCCCUCUCCUUUCCCCCUUCUCACCUCCCUCCCAUGCACCAGUUAUCCACGGUGGGCUACGGUGACAUCCUGGCAACCAACACAGCGGGGCGGGUGGUGGUGAUAUGCAUCACACCCCUCUCCUUUCCCCCUUCUCACCUCCCUCCCAUGCACCAGAUAUCCACAGUGGGCUACGGUGACAUCCUGGCAACCAACACAGCGGGGCGGGUGGUGGUGAUGUGCAUCACACCCCUCUCCUUUCCCCCUUCUCACCUCCCUCCCAUGCACCAGAUAUCCACGGUGGGCUACGGUGACAUCCUGGCAACCAACACAGCGGGGCGGGUGGUGGUGAUAUGCAUCACACCCCUCUCCUUUCCCCCUUCUCACCUCCCUCCCAUGCACCAGAUAUCCACGGUGGGCUACGGUGACAUCCUGGCAACCAACACAGCGGGGCGGGUGGUGGUGAUGUGCAUCAUAGUGGCAGCGCUUGUCAUUCUGCCCGUGCAGCUCAGCAAUAUCUCCAACCUCCUCUCCCACAGGCAAUUCAGGCCGUACGGUGGAAGGUUCUCAGCAGCUUCCGCCACGGGCAUGCGUUUUGUGGUGCUGACGGGGCAGCUCUCUCCUCUCUCCAUCCAACAGUUCCUCGCUGAGCUGUACCACCCGCUACAUGACAAAGAUUUUGCCUCCUACCCUCUGCACACCGUCAUUCUCGCACCUUUCGAACCAUCCUUUGAGCUGCGGGCGCUGAUCACGGAAUACCACGGUGCAGUGCGGUUCAUUCAGGGUUCGCCCAUGACGCUCUACGACCUGCACCGAGUGCAGAUCGCCCUGGCUUCCGCUGUCUUCAUCCUCCUCCCCUCGCUGCAAUCCUCGCGUGCGCUGGACAACGGGCAGAUAGCGCAGGCCCUUGCAAUGAACCGCUAUGCGGGGGCGCUAUCCCGCCUGGUCGUGGAGAUGGGCGACCCGCAGGCAGCAUCCCUGCCGGUGUGGGACUCAGCCACCCACCGCAUGCAAGUGCUCAGCCAUGAGAGCCUGCGCUUCAAGGUCCUGGGGUCCAGUUGUUUCAUGCGGGGCCUCUCCACCCUACUGGCCAACCUGCUGCGCUCACUGCUUUCAUGUGUCCCCCCCCCGCUCCCCCUUCCCCCACCUCCCCCUGGCCCCUCUCCCCCCUUCAGCUGCUUCAUGCGAGGCCUUUCCACCCUACUAGCCAACCUGCUGCUCUCACCGCUCCUGCUCGACUCGCCCGGCCACAAGGCAUGGCUGCCAGAGUACCACGCCGGCUGCCUGCACUCCAUCUACCCCGUGCUCCUCCCCCCCGCCUUCCACCCCUUCCCCUUCCAACAUCCUGCCCCGUUUUUCCACCAGCUUACCCUUUCAUGUUUGCCUCUCCCCCAUCCCGUCCCCUUUCCCCCAUUCAGCUGCUUCAUGCGGGGUCUUUCCACCCUACUAGCCAACCUGCUGCGCUCGCCUCUCCUGCUCGACUCGCCCGGCCACAAGGCAUGGCUGCCAGAGUACCACGCCGGCUGCCUCCACUCCAUCUACCCCGUGCUGCUCCCCCCCGCCUUCCACGGCCUACCCUUUGAAGAGGUUGCUGAGUUUGUGUACCGCUGCUUCCACGUGUGCCUCUUUGCUCUUGAUGUGCUGGUGGAACCGUGUGGGGCGCAUGGAGGGGUGCAGAGGGGUGGGGCGGGUGAGGGAGGUGUUGGAAGGGGUGGGGUGCACGCCUGUAGGGAGGAGGGAGACAGGCGCUCUGAGGCAGAGGCCACAGCAAAGGCAACGCAGGGAUCAUAUGCACGUGCAGCACCAACUGCAGUUGCAGGAGCAGGAGGAGCAGACGGAGCAGCAGCAGGAGCAGGAGGAGGAGCAGAGGGAGCAGCAGCAGCAGGAGCAGCAGGAGCAGCAGCGGAAGCAGCCCCAAGCUUUUACGUGGGCAAAAAGGCAAGCCGCCCGCGUCGGCCACUCAAAAACCCCCUCCCCCGGUUGAGCCGCCUGCUCUCCCGCCCCCACGAGGAGCUCUGCCUCCUCCUCAACUCCGCUGCUGCCUCUGCUGCCUCUGCUGCAUAUGCACCAGUCGCAGCAGCAGCAGCAGCAGGAGGAGAACCUGCAAGAGCAGCAGGGGCAGGGGCAGCAGGGGCGGCAGGGGCAGCAGGGGCAGCAGCAGGCAGCAGCAGCGCUGGCAGAGGGAAAGCAUGGAACGUGGGCAGUGGCAUGGCAAGGAAAAUGGAGCAACAGCUGAGGGCGGGGCUUGGGAUGAGGAAGAAGGGAGAGAGAAGAGCAGGGAGAGUGGGGCUGGAGUGUGGGUGUCAGCGGGGGGUGUUCCUGCUGCCUUCAGAGCACAUCAUUCGCAGCUCUGUGGAUGUGGGGCUGGUGAUUGCGCCUUGCCUCGACGCUGCUGAGAGGGUUUCCGCGUUCACAGGCGGAUUGCACAGCGGGGAGAGUGGUAGUGGGGGGAGUGGCUCUUGGGGGAGUGGCCGCGGGGGGAGUGGCGGGGAAAGGCAGUCAUGGUGGGGGAUUGGGAGGAGAGAGGAGGAGGGAGAUGUGGGAGGGGAGGUGGAAAAACAGGGCGAUGGUUGCAGUGGGGCCUGUGAAGGUGGUGGGCGUCGGCAGCAGUUGUGCAAGAAGCACCAGGAGCAGCAGCAGCAGCAGCAGCAGCAGCAGCAGCAGCAUCACCAGCACCACCACCACCAGCCGCACCACCAUCACCACCACCACCACCACCACCACCACCACCAGCAUCAGCACCAGCAGCACCAGCAGCACCAGCAGCACCAGCAGCACCACCACCACCACCAGCACCAGCACCAGCACGAGCAGCACCAGCAGGAGGGAAUGACUGAACAGCAGCAGCAGCAGCAGCAGCAGCAGCAGCAGCAGCAGCAGCAGCAGCAGCAGCAGCAGCAGCAGCAGCAGCAGGCAAACACAUCCUCCCUCGCAGCAGCACGCGCAUCCAACCCGCUCUCCCGCCACGUCUCCUGCUUCCUCUUCGGCACCCGCCGGGCUGCCUCGCUGCUGCUGCCUUCCCCUGCUGCUGCUGCUGACGCGCGGUCACUGUUUCAGAUGGUGCAGGAGGAGUGGAUGAGGAGAGGGGCGAUGGAAGAGGCAGGUGGAGGGGCUGAUUUGGCUCCAGCUACUGCUGCUGCCGCUGCUGGUGCUGCUGGUGCUGCUGGUGCUGCUGGUGCUACUGCUGCUGGUGGUGCUGGUGGUGCAGGUUGCUGGUACGACUGUGAAGACAACGUUGAUGCGAUUGUGGAGGGUGGUGGUGGUGGUGGUGCUGCUGCUGCUGCUGCUGCUGCUGCUGGUGAUGUAGCUGGUUCUGGUGGGGAAAGAGCUGUCUUUACCCAGGAUAAGCCGUUCUUGCACCUGCUAGCAAAGGCUGGUGCAGAGGAGAAACGAGUGGGAAAGGGCGAAGGUAAGGGAGAGGGGACGAAGGAAGGCGACGAGAAACAAGAAGCGGAGAAGCAUGGGGACGAGGCAGAGGGGGGGCCGGACGAGGAAGGGGAGGAAGAAGGAGAGGAGGAGGGGGGAGAAGAGGAGGAAGAGGAAGAGGAGGAGGAGGAGGAGGUAGAGAGGCCGGCAGUGGAGGUGGUGGAUCGGCACGAGGAGGCAAUUCUCGCUCAUCUGGACUCGCACACCCUCCCUGUUGCUGACUUUGCCUCGCCUCACAUCCUCGUGUGCCUUGCUGGCAGCAGCAGCAGCGAUGCUGGCGGUGGGAGUGAUAGCGACGGGGAGGAGGAGGGGGGAGGGGAGGCGGGGGAGGGAGGGGGCGUGGUGGCAUGGCCGGCAAAUCUGUUCUGCCUGGUGAAGCACCUCAGGAGCAGGGCAGUGCCGCAACGACCUGUGUUGAUCAUGCACCCCCAUCCUCAUCCAGUGCGCUCAUCCCCCUACCCUCCCCCUACCCUUUUACCCUCCGCCCCCACAGCACCCCACUCACAGAGAGUGGGCGCAGGUGGGAAUCUUCCCCGACGUCUUCUUCCUCUGUGGCUUGGCUCCCCCACGCACGAUCUCAGCCUCAUCCAGUGCGCUCAUCCCCCUACCCUCCCCCCACCCUUUUACCCCCCGCCCCCACAGCACCCCACCCACCGCGAGUGGGCCCCAGUAGGCAUUUUCCCUGACAUAUUCUUCCUCUGUGGAUCGCCCACACACGAUCUCGACCUCAUCCGAGCCGGCGUCCUCUCAGCCGAGAAGGUCCUCGUCAUCUCCCCCGACCAAUCGCCAGGCGCCACGUCACCCUCCCUCUCCUCCUCCUCCUCAGGCCCCUCGGCCGACCUAGCAAGCGUGGUGGUGGCAGCACACGUGGAACAGUUACAGGGAGGGUGGGAAACAGUUGGAGAGAGCGCGGAAGUAGCGGAGGAAGGGGAGAGAAGGAAGGGUGGUUUGCUAGUAGAGCUACAGAGUGAGCAGUCGUAUCAGUACUUCCAGCCGCUGUAUCUGCUGCCUGGGCGGCGGGCAGAGAGGAGAUCGUAUCUGCGGAACAGGAUGGGGGUGUACGCCUUUGCCCCUGUUUUCCAGAGCGGAAGGGCCUUUUGCAGCACUGCGCUCUCUGCUGUCUCGUAA